AUGGGUCGUGUGAUCCGGGCACAGCGUAAGGGAGCAGGAUCCAUUUUCAAGUCUCACACACACCACCGGAAGGGCCCAGCCCGAUUCCGUUCACUCGACUUCGGCGAACGCAAUGGCUACCUGAAGGGGGUAGUGACUGAAAUCAUCCAUGACCCAGGCCGUGGUGCUCCUCUUGCUCGUGUUACCUUCCGCCACCCCUUCCGGUACAAGCACCAGAAGGAGCUUUUCGUCGCCGCUGAAGGAAUCUACACCGGUCAGUUCAUUUACUGCGGCAAGAAGGCCAACCUUGUUGUUGGGAAUGUCCUGCCGCUCAGAUCUAUUCCUGAAGGUGCUGUCGUUUGCAACGUGGAGCACCAUGUUGGUGAUCGUGGCGUUUUUGCUAGGGCCUCUGGAGAUUACGCCAUUGUUAUUUCGCACAACCCAGAUAAUGGAACAACUAGGGUUAAGCUUCCAUCAGGAGCCAAGAAAAUUGUGCCCAGUGGGUGCCGUGCCAUGAUCGGCCAGGUUGCUGGAGGAGGACGUACUGAGAAACCCCUAUUGAAAGCUGGAAAUGCUUAUCACAAAUUCAGAGUCAAGAGGAACUGCUGGCCCAAGGUUCGUGGUGUUGCUAUGAAUCCAGUGGAGCAUCCCCACGGUGGUGGUAACCAUCAACAUAUUGGUCAUGCCAGUACUGUACGUCGUGAUGCUCCACCUGGACAAAAGGUUGGUCUUAUUGCUGCUAGGAGGACUGGACGGCUUCGUGGUCAAGCUGCUGCUACUGCUUCUAAAGCUGAUAAGGCUUAG